AUGCACUCUUCAGCGGAGUCCACGACAAUAUGGGCAGUGAUCUCGCUGGCCCUCGCGCUACUCGGAGCGCUGCAAACAUUGGAUCUGGGUGCGAAGUGGAAGAAUGCGGCGCGUCUCGAGAAGCUUGCGUAUCCAGAACGCGUCCAGUACAGCUGGCAGGGUAAGGAUAAGCCGCAGGAGUUGCCAGUCCACAUCCCUCAAGCGGCCAUGAACAUCGAGUGGCCGGAUGACGAGUUAUAUGGGAUCUACCAGGACGAGGAGUGGGCCAGCAUAUUCCCCAAAUCGAACGGCUGGGUCGCUCUUGGGCCAGAGCGCGAGCUCUUCGUCGUCAGCAUGUUCCACCAGAUGCACUGCCUGGACGCCCUUCGUUAUGGAUACGCCGCCGCGAAGCACGGGUAUUUGCAAUAUCCCGGAAACGGGACGGGGGUCGAGCAUCAUGUCAACCAUUGUCUUGUCUACCUGCGCGAGAUCAUCUUGUGUGGCGCGGACACGACACUCGAGUACGGGGAGCUUGCGAAGGACGCCACCGGCAAAGUAAUGCACGGCGCAAGCGGGCUCGACGUCAUGCACAAGUGCAAGGACUGGACCGCCAUCAGAGCUUCCUUAGACGAGAAUUUUGAGGGACGACUGGCGCGCGGGGAGGUGACACCGGAUGGACAGGAGAUUCUUCAAGGUUAUUAA